GUUUUUCAAAGAAGGCUAUGGGGCAAGUUCUCCAGUCCUGCUUGGUGUUGGCUUGAAUCAGGAGUAGGAGGAGGGUCAGACAGGCAUGAUGAUGAUAGAGGAAAUUUGUAAAGGGUAAAAAAGCUGGUCCCGCAGACUCACUGCAGUGCUAACUAGUCUGGGAAGGAGGAGAUAGAGAGAGUGGAGCCACAAGCCCACCCGCAAUAUGAUCACACACGCGCCAAUGGAAUAAGCAACAAAACAGUUGGAAAUCGAAAUCAAUCUUCACCGUCCACGAGGAAUUCGAUAUCAAAUAGGUUAUUUUGGUUUUACGCACAAAAGAUGACGUUUGAACCUCUUUCCUUUUACGUGACGCAAAGUUUAGACACGUCCGGUAGACAGACAACUUUAGGCUAGCUAUAUAUUUUAGGAUUUCAUUACGCGUUUAAGUUUAUCCAUUCCGAAUUCAUAACCAGACAUUGCAUUUAGAUUUAUUGUUUAUCCUAAACCAACUGUCAGCAUAUAACUGAGGAUGAUCAUGUUUUCCCACGAGUUAUUCGUCUCCUUCCUCGCGGUUACCUGUCUGUUUAGUAUACCCAGAGCGUCUUCGGCGUCAUGUGAGCCCAUUCGGAUCCCUCUGUGCAAGUCCAUGCCCUGGAACAUGACGAAAAUGCCCAACCACCUCCACCACAGCACCCAGGCCAACGCAGUCCUGGCUAUUGAGCAGUUUGAAGGGCUUCUUGGCACCCAGUGUAGUACAGAUUUACUGUUCUUUCUGUGCGCCAUGUACGCCCCAAUAUGCACGAUUGACUUCCAACACGACCCUAUCAAGCCCUGCAAGUCGGUGUGUGAGCGUGCGAAAUGCGGCUGUGAACCUGUGAUGAAACGGUAUAAUCACACCUGGCCAGAGAGCUUGGCUUGCGAGGAUCUGCCAGUCUACGACCGGGGAGUCUGUAUCUCACCUGAGGCCAUUGUAAAAGCAGAAGGACCAGACAACCCUUACUAUCAGGACCCCACAAAAUGCUCGCCUGAAUCAACUCCUGACUUUCCAAGUGAUUCUCACAAUGUCAACUGUAAAGGAGCCAACAAUGAUCGUUGCAAGUGCAAGUCAGUUAAACUGGGUCUCAAGACCUACCUAAAGAACAAUUACAACUAUGUGAUUCGUGCAAGGGUGAAGGAGAUUAAAAACAGGAAUCAUGACUUGAGUGCAAUCGUGGAGGUCAAAGACAUCCUGAAGUCUUCCUUUGUUAACAUCCCUCGUGAUACCGUCACACUGCACUACAACUCUGGCUGUCCCUGUCCUCCUCUCACCGCCAACGACGAGUACAUCAUCAUGGGUUAUGAGAAUGAGGAGAGGUCCAGGCUUCUGCUCAUCGAAGGCUCCAUUGCACAGAAGUGGAAGGACCGUAUGGGGAGGAAGGUGAGGCGUUGGGACCAGGUACUGAGGGACCAAAGCCGGGGGAACUCUGGCAGAAGCAAUAUGCGGAGGACCCGCCACUGAUCAACCAAGGCACGUCCCUGUGCAGUGAUGACAGGGUUGCAAAAUUCCUCUAACUUCCCAGGUUUUCUAGAAAUCUUGGUUUGAAGAUUUUGGGAAUCAUGAGGAAAUAAGCAGGAAAUCUGCAAUCGUUAAAACAGGAUUUAUGGAAAACCUGGGAAUUUGGGGAAAGUUACAGAAAUUUUGCAGCCCCAAGGGAUGACAUAUGGGACAACAUAUGGAGACAAGAUAGAAAGAAAAGUGUUUGCAGACAGAACUGAGAAAUUGCACUAUUGCACGUUUAUUUUUUAACCAUUGUCACAAUUUAGAUAAGUCAUAGCUGAAUUGUAGAUCAUUUUUUAGUUGUUGCUUUGUUUUGUAUUAUUUUUGCACAAACAACAUUUUCAUUUAACCGUGCUAAAUGUGUGGGUAUACAGUUGGAGAAUGAUUGGGAGCCUUGCAUGGGACUUUGCUGGAGGAGUGACAAUGACUGCAUCCCAAAUGGCACCCUAUUACUACCUACAGUACCAGUCAAAAGUCGGGACACACCUAAUCAUUCAAGGGUUUCUUUAUUUUUACUAUUUUCUACAUUGUACAAUAAUAUUGAAGACAUCAAAACUAUGAAAUAACACAAGUGGAAUCAUGUAGUAACCCAAAAAGUGAUGAACAAAUAAAUAUAUUUCAUAUUUGAGAUUCUUCAAAGUAGCCAUCCUUUGCCUUUGACAGCUUUGCACACUCUUGGCAUUCUCUCAACCAGCUUCACCUGGAAUGCUUGUCCAACAGUCUUGAAGGAAUUCCCACAUAUGCUGACCACUUGUUGGCUGUUUUUGGUUCACUCUGUGGUCCAACUCCUCCCAAACCAUCUCAAUUGGGUUGAGGAUGGGUGAUUGUGGAGGCCAGGUCAUCUGAUGCAGCACUCCAUCACUCUCUUUGGGGCGGCAGCGUGGCCUAGUGGUUAGAGCGUUGGACUAGUAACCAGAAGGUUGAGAGUUCAAACCCCCGAGCUGACAAGGUACAAUCUGUCGUUCUGCCCCUGAACAGGCAGUUAACCCACUGUUCCCAGGCCGUCAUUGAAAAUAAGAAUAUGUUCUUAACUGACUUGCCUGGUUAAAUAAAGGUAAAAAUUAAAAAAAAUUAAAUAGCCCACAGGCUGUAGAUGUAUUUUGGGUCAUUGUCCUGUUGAAAAACUAAUUGCAAACCAGAUGGGAUGGCGUAUCGCUGCAGAAUGCACUGGUAGCCAAGUGUGCCUUUAAUUCUAAAUAAAUAAUUGACAGUGUCACCAGCAAAGCACCAUGCUUCACCAUACUCUGCGUCUCAAAAGACAUGAUGGGUGGAACCAAAACUCUCAAAUUUGGACUCAAACCAAAGGACAGAUUUCCACUGCUCGUGUUUCUUGGCCCAAGCAAGUCUCUCCUUUUAUUAUUGGUGUCCUUUAGUAGUGGUUUCUUUGCAGCAAUCCGACCAUGAAGGCCUGAUUUACGCAUUUACUUGAACUCUGUGAAGCAUUUAUUUGGGCUGCAAUUUCUGAGACUGGUAACUCUAAUGAACUCUGCAGCAGAGGUAACUCUGGGUCUUCCUUUCCUUUGGCGGUCCUCAUGAGAGCCAGUUUCCUCAUCGCGAUUGAUGGUUUUUCAGACUGCAGUUGAAGAAACUUUAAAAGUUAUUUACAUUUUCCGUAUUGACUGACCUUCAUGUCUUAAAGUAACAAUGGACUGUUGUUUCUCUUUGCUUAUUUGUGCUGUUCUUGCCACAAUAUGGACUGGGUCUUUUACCAAAUAGGGCUAUCUUCUGUAUACCACCCCUACCUUGUCACAACACAACUGAUUGUCUAAAAUGAAUUAAGAAGGAAAUAAAUUAAAUUUUAAGAAGGCACACCUGUUAAUUUAAAUGCAUUCCAGGUGACUACCUCAUGAAGCUGGUUGAGAGAAUGCCAAGUGUGUGCAAAACUAUCAUCAAGGCAAAGGGUGGCAACUUUGAAGAAUCUAAAAUGUAUUUUGAUUUAACACUUUUUGGCUUACUACAUGAUUCCAUAUGUGUUAUUUUGUAGUUUUGAUGUAAUCGCUAUUAUUCUACAAUGUAGCAAAUAAUAAAAUAAUAAAAAUAAAGAAAAACUCUGGAAUGAGUAGGUGUGUCCAAACCUUUGACUGGUACUGUAUAUAGUGCACUACUUGGGAAGCACAAUUAUCAGAAGCACUCUAAAGUCAAAAUAUCUAUAUUUAUCUAGCAGCUAGACUGCACAUUGGAUGAAGUGGAUGUCUGUCUUUAAGAUACCAAACUGCAUUAAUUUGAUGGGGUGCUCUGUUAAGCUUUUUCUUUCAAAGGAAACACAAACGAGUUGUAAUCUGGCUACAGCUGCAAUGAAUGUUCACCUACAAAAUGAUUAAACACAUUUCAAAGGAGAAAAAUGAACAAGAGAGGAGAGGGUAUAUUUUUGGAGUAUGCAAAGCAACAGCAGAAUAAUCCAAGAUGACAGAGUAUAUCAUGUAAUUGAUGACAACAUUGAGAUAUUGAAAUAAUGAUUGGUUUACAUGUAAUCUCUCUCUCACAAAAAGUUUGAGUUGCUUGCUUAUGUUUCACAUGCUUUGUAGCUCAGAUGUAGCAAGAUGAUUUACAAAGCGUCUUUCUUACAGACGUUUUUGGUGCUUUGGGUUUUUCUAAACUGAACUGUUGAUCUAUACAUCACUGGUUUGACGUCAUACACAACAUACAAACAUAUAUAAAUCUAUGAAAUGCUAACGACCUUUCAAUUGUGAUUGUAAAUCUGGUUUCAGUGUUUUAUUAAACAUUGUCUGGCUGGUGUCAUGACCAACACAUA